UGCUAACAGCAAGGCCAGCCAGCCGGGGAAAGCUACCGGGAAAACGAAGAGCUGCUACAGCAUGACAGCCGUGCCAGAGUGAACUGCUGUGCCGGAGGCUGGAGACGCUGGAUGCCUUCUCUGCAGUAGAAUCCCUGCAUGAGGCACCGGACCAUUAUAGAACGGGGGGGAAAUUCUAACUCCUAGGACUUCAACAAUGGAUUAUUUCCAAGCUUGCAGUUUUUUCUUUACACUGAUACUAUCUAGAAGCAUCACAGCUGAGAAGCAAAACCCAGAUUCAGGAUUUGAAAUCUAUAAGAAGCUGUUUGAAGUGAAGCGCAAAGACCAGAUGAAUGCACUGAAGAAUCUGAUUGAACUCAAUGAUGUCAACCAGCAAUACAAGAUCAUAGACAUUAUGCUCAAGGGCCUAUUCAAAGUACUUGAAGACUCGCGGGCAAUACUUAUUGCAGCAGAUGUCCCACCAGAUGGGCCAUUCCCUCAGGAUGAGAAGCUGAAGGAUGCGUACUCCCAUGUGGUAGAGAACACUGCUUUUUUUGGUGAUGUGGUCCUGCGGUUUCCCAAAAUAGUACACCAUUACUUUGACCGUAACUCCAACUGGAACAACCUGAUCCGCUGGGGAAUCGGCUUUUGCAACCAGACCGGUGUAUUUGAUCAAGGUCCCCACUCACAAGUACUAGGAUUGAUGGCUCAGGAACUGGGAAUUAGUGAGAAAUCUCCAGACUACCGGAAUCCCUUUAAAACUGACCAUUCCGAAUUUUUCCCCAGUGCAGACACAUUCCAAAAGGCUCUCCGGGAGGAAGAGAAGCGAAGAAAAAAAGAGGAGAAACGGAAGGAGAUCCGCAAGGGACCACGUAUUUCACGGUCACAGUCCGAGCUAUAAUGCUGCUUCCCUGCCUUUCUUGCUGUGACCUGUGCUGGCAGGAGCCAGAGCAACUGGAAAAGGAACCUCUCAGCCCCUUCGUGACCUCAGGAAAAUGUCAGGAAAGUUGAUAAUUUUGUUUGUCAGGUUUUGGAGGUGUCUUCUUUUAACAGCUGUUUUGGCAACUACUAAAUUUAGGCCCGAGACAUGCCCAGAUGGAGAUAGUGGUCUUUUGAGCACAUACAUCCUUGGUGGAAAAACGUCUAGUAACUGGAAUAUAUAGGUUUGUCAGAGACCAUUUUCAGUGGCUCUGGGGUAUCUUUGUUCCCUGUGGCUUUACCAGUCUGUAAUGCUAAGAAUGCUUUGGGGAGGGGUGUGGGGGAAAGUUUUUUUUUUAAGGUAUGUGACAUUUCUGCAGAAUGUUGUGUAUUAUCAGGCAGCCAGGAGGGAAAUGUGACUUGUGUAGCUACACCAGAUGUUUCUCUGGAUAGCAAAAUUACCAGAGAGAGUUAAGAAUUCUGCUAGAACGGCACAUUCCUUGGAAAUUCUUAUUUACUAGUACUCUAUUACAUGCUCGUCCUUUUGAAUGUAAGGAAUAUAACAGAAAACCAUGCUGUUUCUUCAGUGUCUCACUUCAGACACUUCCAGGUUUUAUGAUCUUUCUCGUUAAAGCCUUUCUUGGCCAAUGAGCUCUCAUUUCUGCAAGACUAUUAUACCAUAAAACUGGAAAGGAAAAUGAAUUAAUUUAUCUUGAGAAAAUGGGUUUUCUGAGCUUGGUCAAUGGAACAAAGCUCCGCAAUUAUGUGCUUUUAGCCUGUGGGUCUCUGUGAGAUGGCUGUGUCGGUAUUGGUCUCAACACAGCUGCUAGUAGACACAACUUUGUAAUCAACAGUAUUAUCGCUAGUACACGAUAGAAAAUAUUGUAAAAAUUAUGGAGGUGGUGAUUUCCUUUUCCUUAUGGCAAAGAAAAGUUCAUUGUCUCUAUAUGAGACACAAAGGGAGUCAGAGAGCACUGGCUAGCUUAAAUUACUAGGAGAUUUCUUCAACUGCUGCUAUUCAGUGGUAAAGAAUGGGCAGUGCUCUUUUGACUGUUUGCUUGUUGCUUUCUACUAGAUUCGCUUCCCUCUGUUUUAGUAGUUCUGAUAAGAAGGCGUUGGCCUUUUUUUGAGAUGCCUACAUGAAGAAAUACCAGCUUGCCAGUGUUCUAACACUAGGAAGAGCAGAGAGCCUGACUUUUGUCCUUUCUCACUUCUUGUUCUCCUCUUCCAGUAGUAAGAACCUUGCCACAAUGGUAUCGUUAUCACAUGAAGAAUUGAAAGGACAUCUCUUUAAGUCUACUGCCUUAUUGUUCCACAGAAACAAGCUGCCUUUUUUCCUUGAUCUUUUUGAGCAUUCCAUAGAGGCUUGUACCUAGAACUAAGACUGUUUGAGGUUGCAGUUUUACUGUUGGUUUUAUAGUAGAGGUCAGUCAGCCUUGUCAGUGUUCAUGGUCAUUGUUCUGUUUCCAGACCAGAUUUGGUCAUUGGUGAAUCAAAUCGUGGCUUCACAGCCAGGCACACAGUGGGCAUUCAGCACAGAAUCACUAAUGUGGUUUGGCACAAAAAGUAGCUUUUGUUCAGGACUGGGAAUGAUUCACACCAGCAUCUCUUGCUCUCACUGUCUCUGAAUACCUUGAUGGGGUAUUGUACUUCACUUAGCUAUGAUGUCCCCUUGAUGUUAUGAGAAGCACUGGAACUUGGCACACUAAUUGUUUUGAAAAGAAGAGAUUUGGGGAAUUUUUUUCAACCCUUGACUAAAUUGCACAGCUCUGCAGUGUAGCUUGUUAUUGCCAGUGGAGGAUUAUUUUGUGUGAGAGAGGGGGGUUUAUUUCCAAGGGAUGUUGUACUUUGAUUUGCUGCCUUCUGCUGUUUUAUGUGCCAGAAGAGGAGAAGACCGUUAUUUUCUAACCAGAGAGGCAGUUAUGCUUGAUUUGUUCUCAGAUACGUACUUAAUUUGGAAUUGGACUUUGCUUUUUGAAUAAAACGAAAUUUGAAAGAA